GAGGGAGGUGUCGCUAGGAGCCGCGCUGUCGUCUUCACUGGCUCUCACAUGAUUACGCAAUCACAACAAACGACGACAAGCUGUACAGACAAAUGUUGACAGUCACGGACACACUCUGUUCCCUCCAUUCCCUGAUGCUUUGGGCCGUGGCUUAUGAGUUCGAUGUAGAAGCGAACUUUAACGUUAGUUUGUGUAUUUAUUUGUAUGCAGCGUAGCUAGUGUUCGUAUCUUUGAAUUGGUCUUGUCCUGUCUUUGACGAUGCCUCAGGAAUCUCCGGAGGGGCAGCAACCGCUGCCGCUGGUCCGAUCUCUGGUUAGCCGGAUACCGGCGCACGUGGUGUUCUGUAACCGCAGUCCGCGAGUUGUAAAGCCCGUCUGGAUCAACUUCCGUGGGGAGCCGCAGCCAUACGUAGAUAUUCAGCCGUACACCGGAAAAAGAAUGGAAACUUAUGUGGGACAUCCAUGGAUGUUUCGGGAUGCAGAAACUGAUGAUCCAAUGGUAGUCAGUAAUAAAGAGAUGUAUUUGCCACCCCACCUUGAAAAUGGACAAGUCUCAAUCUCCAACAUCACAUUCCCUGUGUUGACCUUGCGAGAUCGCUGUCUGCAAGUUGUGAGGCGGUUGGUUCGCAGAGAACAUAUCUGUCGGCUGGAGAUCGCCCGCUGCCUACAAGAUGACCUUGCUCGGAGACCCAGCAUUCACGCCGAUCUACGACGCAUUAGCCAGCGAGUGGAACAGAAGUUACUGGAGAACAGAGAACAGCAAAACAGAUGAAAAUAUGAGUGUGAAUGAGGGCGUAUUUACUGAGCAGACCUGUGCACCAGCACCAUAAAUGGACAAUAUAGUCUGGCACUGUAAAAUACAGUGUUGAUAAACCUCAGAUCAGGAGGAAUAUUUCUUAAGCAAAUGGACGCUUUAAACAUAGGUAUUUUUAGGUUUCAGUGACAGGCACUGAGUCCACAGAAAGAACUUUAGAAAAUGCGGAUUUUGUGUGAUUGUCUGUGUGGUAGACCUUGCAAUAUUUUUGGUUACAGUUCUCUGUAUACUUUUACUCUUUUUAUCAGC